AUGAAUAGUGGCUAUGGAACUUUAGAAGAACUUCUUGAAGUUAUAGCUUGGGCUCAACUUGGAAUACAUGAUAAACCAGUAGGACUAUUGAAUGUUGACGGUUACUACAAUUCCCUUUUGAUAUUCAUUGACAAAGCUGUGGAAAAAGGUUUCAUCUGUCCUAAUGCACGCCAAAUCUUUGUAUCUUCCCCUAUUGCUAAGGAACUUAUGAAUAAACUCGAGGAGUACUCUCCUAGCCAAGAGAAUAUUGCUUCAAAACUUAAUUGGGAAAAAGAGGAGCUAGAAUAUCCCCCCAAAUGUCAGAUACGAUUAAGGUAG